AUGUCCUCUUCUCGCUCUAAUAUCUCGAGCAGAGCGCUUACUGCUUUUUUACGCUCCGCACUCCACGCCGGCCUUCUCACACUUCUUAAUCCUUGGGCUGUGAAUGUGGAUCAGUCUGCCAUAUUGUUACGCAGUCCUCGUUCCCUAGGUCUUACCACAUUCUCCCUCUUGUUCCGUAAGAUCUGUCUGCCCUCUCCCGGGUUCACAUAUUUCACACGACCCCUGCCACCCCAUCUGUGCCACUCGAGGCGUUAUUCGCCCUCCCCUGCGUCUGUGUGA